GUUCUUACGGUAUGCGUGAUACGUAACCUCUUCUCUCUAAAGCGUGAAAUAUAUUUGUUUAAUUUUAAAUAUAAAAAGCAUAAAAUACGUAUUAUACGUAUUAUACGUAGAAAAAACAAAUUUCGUUUUAAAUGCACAAAAUACAAAGAGUUUAUCUCUUGCUGUCUACUCAGGCUACUCUCUAUUUUAUCAACGUGAUUGAAGUACCAUGACUGAAGUAAAUUCUGAAAUCUCAGAUUUGCAGGAUAUAUCCACUCCUUUUGGUAUACCGUUGUCUGGAGCAUAUAAACGAAGUUACGCUUAUGUAUCAAUUAAGGAUAGAAUGCCAAUAAUAUUAACAAAAGUCAUUGACACAAUUUGUCAAAAAAAGAAUGAAAUUAUAUAUAUGUAUGGUCAGGAUGCAGCAAAUGAUAUCAAAAAUAUCAUAGGAUUUAUAAGUCGACUGAAAAAUGAAAUAGUUACUAAUAAGACUUUGAAACCCAUGCGUUUAAAUACUAAAGCAAUUAGUAAUGAUGCAGAGGAAUGGAAUACAUAUUUGGAAAAUAAGACGCAAGUAGAAAGUGGAAUACCUACAUGGUUUAAUACAACAUGGUUAUAUUGUGAAACAUAUAUGUACCGUAUACUAGCUCAAGAAAUUGGUUUAACGAGUAGCAUACAAAGUUAUGAUCCAUUUGAAUAUAUAAAACAAGCUGCUUUUGUUAACUGCAUUGAUUCUAUGAAUAUUCUUGCCUCAUAUGUAAAUGACAUAGUAUGUAAUAAGGAAUACAAUAAGGAAAACUCAAAGAAUGAUUUUUCAAGAUUAUUAAAAUUGAGUUUAUGGGGUAAUAGAUAUGAUCUAUCUGCAAGUGUAGGAUCUCUUCAAGAACAUACCAAUAAUGUACUGAAUAUGGCAGACUCUUUGGAUGAAAAUAUAUUAGUAAACAAUUGGGAACUUGUGUGGAAUAUUGUAAAAGAAAAAACAAAUAAAAGAGUUGAUAAUAUUCAUAUAGUGUUGGAUAAUGCAGGAUGUGAAUUCUUCUCUGACUUAUGUUUGGCAGCAUUUUUGGUUACUAUUGCACCUGCAACUAAGAUAACAUUUCAUGUAAAAGCAUAUCCAUGGUAUGUGAGUGACACAACGGUUCAAGAUUUCCACUGGACAUUAGAUCACUUGAAUAGUCUUGAUCAUUACCCAAAUAUGAAAUUAAUGGGUAAAAAAUUCAGAAAUUUUAUGGAUCGUGAAAUUUGGUGUAUUAAGGCAGAGCCUUAUUGGACAGGACCAUACGAUUUUAGGCAAAUGAAAGAAAAAGACAAAAAGUUAUAUGCUCAAUUUUCUGAUGCUAAAUUAGUAAUAUUUAAGGGUGAUUUAAAUUAUAGAAAACUCCUAAGUGACAUUAAUUUCGAGUAUAACACAAAUUUUGCAACUGCAUUGGGAGAUUUUCGACCCACAAAUAUUUUAAGUAUACGCACUUUAAAAUCUGAUAUUUGUGUUGGAUUAUCACAAGGUAUGGUUGAAUCGCUAUUUGAAAAAAAUAAAGAUUGGUUGAUAACUGGAGAAUAUGGUCUUAUUCAAAUUGCUGUUAGUUUAGAAGUUCCUGAAGAAUCUUAAAUUUUUUUUAUGGAAAAAUUCGAAUUAUAUAAUCAUACA